GUGAUUAGGCAUUGGUGAUUCUUCGAGAGCGCAAACGAGGAGGAGAGUCAACCCCCACAACCAAAAUGAGAACAACGGCACAUUUAUGUCUGUGGCUGCAGUGCAUCAUGGUUUUAUUGGCAAGGAUUUGCAGUGCCGCUCAAUGUACGGCAUUUAUGGGCGUUGACUUAAACCAAACUGGCGAACUGACGAUGAUGAAGUUGAACUUCUGCCAGAACUGUACCACCGGCACAUACGACUUUGAGUCGUUUUAUGUUAAUGUACAUGACGCUGCCGAACUCAUUAAAUUUCAGCCGGCACCUCAGUGGGCAAAUGUGUCAAACGCAACACAAAUCGAAAUGCAAGCCUCGAUGUUGAGGGAUCAACUGCAAACGUUUGUUCGCAAUUGCGGUUCUGACCCUGCAGCCCAGGAUGGAGAGGACGACAACCCUUUGAGUCGUUUAAGAGAUGAGUGGUCGAGGUUCGAUUUAGGCACUUGGUUCUCUACUUUUGCCGAAGAAUUUGGCAAGCAGAUUAUUGACGCCGUUUAUUGUGACCGCAACAGAAAGUUCCCUGAAACCUUCGAAGAAGUCCUGGACUUGGACAUACGAGAAAUAACUGCUUUGGCGUGCACCAUGGAUCUCAGGGAGAGAGCCCGGAUGUACAUGGAUUCGUACGUAGAAGCGUACAAAUAUUUAUUCUCGUUGGAUGGUGCAAUUGAAGCUGCCCGCCACUACUACGACAGCCUCAGAGUCUACGCACCUCCAGACCUGUUACUGAACAUCUUGUUAGUGGGUUGGCAGAACUCCUUCCUAGUAGGCCUACCAAUGUUCAUAGAGGCCCAUAACAACAACCCUGGUGGCGACUCUCGAGAUUUCUGGACGGCUUUCAAUAUGUUCUUCUUGGGGCCCGCAGUUUUUGAUUAAUGCAAUAUUACUGAGGAGGGGGAAUUCCCGAGUGGUUAAUGUCUUUUAUGUUCACGGACGUGUUGCCAUUGUUGGAAAUAUUUCAUUUCAGCUCAGCAUUUAUGAAAAAUUAUUACCACAUUUUUAUGUACGGACAUGAUAGGGAUUUCUAAAAUUCUAUUUUCUUUACUUAAUUU